GAUUUCAUAGCGCAUGCGCACAAAGAAUCACAAAAUAUCUUUCAUUGAAAACAAGAUUAUAUCUCUUUUUACCAUUGUAUUUCUGCCGUGAAGGAUGACUCCGAGGUACGAAUUAGCAGUUGGUCUUAACAGGGGCCAUAAAACGACUAAGAUUCGUGUGGCAAAGAAUAAAAAUGAACGGAAAAAGACAGUAUGCGUUUUGCCCGCAAGACUGAAAGGGAGACAAACCAAACACAGUAAGUUUGUUAGAGAUUUAAUCCGUGAGGUAACUGGACAUGCACCAUACGAGAAACGUGCUAUGGAAUUGUUGAAAGUAUCCAAGGAUAAGCGUGCCUUAAAAUUCUUGAAGAGGAGGUUGGGCACACACAUCAGAGCUAAGAGGAAGCGUGAAGAACUUGGAAACAUACUUGUGCAGAUGAGGAAAGCAGCUGCGCAUCAUUAAAUAACACAUUAAAUUUGUAUAAUAAAUCCAUAAAAAUAUAUAUAUGAAAAAUUA